AUGGAUGCCUCGAUUGCAGGAGAAAGCACGGAUGCGAUAUUGAUGGAUGAUUCUCCCGCAGAUGAGAGGGGGGUCCGGGAGGCUUGUCAAAGCGAGAUCCCGGUGGUUUCUCUGUGCCCUCCUGACAGCGUCUGCUCUGCCGAGGCCCCGCUGACAGUCAUCCAGUCGGAGAGGGAGCUGUGCGACAGCUGCAGCAGCCUCGGCAGACCCUCGUCCUCCUGCCAUCUCUAUCAAGUAUCACAGGAUCGUAGAGCCGGCGCCUAUGACUCAUCACAGCCCCAGAAAUGCUCCCAAUGCAGCCGCCAAGGGCCGUGCCACGACUGUCACUCAAACACAACAGGCCCCGGUGGUGAAGGAGGUGUGGUGGUGAAAGUGGGACACGGCUGUAGCUCCUCUCAUCAGACGUCAGGUCGCGGCGCCGUCAGAUGCCACUGGCUGCACGGCUCGAAUGAAGGCGGCACGCAGAAGCCAACACAGCGACACAUGGUGACAGUGAGGGAUGGGGGACUCUUCUGCUUCCUCAGAAAUUAUUCCCGGGUGAUAGUGGACUACCCGUUGGCAGUGCUGGUGGGUUGUGCUGUGCUGCUGCUGGGAUGCUCAUUGGCCGGACUUUUCAUUGGUCCACUGCCCGACUUUUCUGACCCACUGCUGGGUUUCGAGCCACGGGGAACGUAUAUCGGAGUGCGUCAGUCCACUUUGUCCAAGCUGCAGGAGAACACGGGCCCGGGGAAAACUCUGUCUCCUCUACCUCAGCAGCUCAGUAAAAGUUUUGGGGCCGAUGUCGAUGGAGACAGCAGCGGUGGACAACGCACCUCAGGACUUCGCUUCAAGAGGAUGUUAGCCAGAGACUCGUCCCCGGACUCCUUCCCCUGCGACGCUCCAGGCGAGCGUUUGGCCCAGCUGGUCUUCAGAUCAGAAAACUCAGCCAGUCUCUGGAGCCUGAAGGCCAUCCACGCCAUGUGCGAGAUGGAGCAGUCCAGGAUUCGCUCCCAGGCUCAGUUCCAGGACCUGUGCCAGCAGCAUGUGAGGGCGGAGGCCGAGGGAACAUCCAGGAGCGGCUGCUGUCCGAGCUGGUCUCUGGGGAAUUACUUGGCUGUCCUCACUAAUGCUUCCUGCUGUCUCAGCCUCACCUCACACCAGGUUUCUGAGUCUCUGAACCUGCUACGGAAGUGUGCUCCGCACUAUCACGAAGGACAACUGGUGGACGCCUGCGUCGACCGACCCAAACAUGGCGGCUGCUCCUCCGUUCCGUCUCGCUGCAAACAGUCCCGCAUGGUGUUCCAGAUCCUGCACUUUCUGGUCGAUAAAGACUUCCUCGGCCCGCAGACUGUUGAAUACCAAAUCCCAACGCUGAAGUACAGCCUUCUGUUCUUACCUGUCAACAAAGGGGAGCACAUGAUGAAGAUCUACAUGAACAGCCUUGAAGGCAGGGAUCUGACCCACAAUAACACCACCAUCACCGGCAUGGACUUUGGCAUCAAGCAGACGCUGUUCAAGCAUUACCUUGCCAGAGAUUCAGUUUAUCCCGUCCUAGCUGUUCUCUGCCUUCUUUUUACUAUGGCUCUGUAUCUCCAGUCACUCUUCAUAGUAGCUUUAUCUGUAAUAGCAAUCAUUGGCUCCCUCCUAACGUCUUAUUUCUUCUACAAAGUAGCAUUUCGCCUGACUUUCUUUCCCCUGGUCAACCUCUCUGCAGCUCUUAUCCUCUUAGGAAGUUGCUCCAAUCAGGUUUUUAUCUUUGCAGAUUUCUGGCAAAUGCAGCUGUCCCAGAACCCCCCUGCCUCCCUGGAGAAGAGAGUGCACAGAGCUUUGCAGGAAGUCGGCUAUUUGAUUUUAGCAUCCGGUUUGACCUCCGCCGCAGCCUUUUUCUCCGGCUAUCUCAGCAGCAUCACAGCAAUCAGAUGUUUCGCUGUUUAUCUCGGGACUGCCUCAUUCAUCAGCUCCCUCCUGGCACUGGUGUGGCUGCCUUGCUCCUUCGUUCUGCGGGAGCGCUACACAAAGGCGUCCUCUGCAUCUCUAGCAGUGCAGGGAUGGAAACCAUGCUGCGCCAAGAACCCUGGCGGCUUCUGGGAAACGAGCUCACGCAAGAGAUGCCUCUUUAUUCUUGGCCAGAAGCUGAGGGAAUUGAGACGAGGGCUCGCGGACACUUCAAAUUUGUUAUUUCUGAAAAUCUUACCUUGUGGAGUGGUGAAGUUCAGGUACAUCUGGGUGUGCUGGUUUGCAGUGCUUGCUGCUGGGGGCACAUACAUGUCCUGCAUUGAUCCAGGCAUGAAGCUGCCCACCUUAGAAAGCAAGGUCAGCCAGCUUUUCCGCUCCAGUCACCCGUUUGAGAGGUACGACGCAGAGUAUCGCCACAUGUUUAUGUUUCAGAGACAGAGAAAUGGCGAAGAUAAGCCUGUCACAGUAACACUUGUUUGGGGGGUCAAACCCACAGAUAACGGGGAUCACUUUGACCCUAAUAGCAAUGGCUCUUUGGUGCUUGACCCAGACUUUAACAUGAGCAGACCAGACGCUCAGAUCUGGUUAAGAGACCUGUGUGGAAGGGUCCAGAACCAAAGCUUUUAUUCCUCUCCCUCAACGGAGGGUACAAAUGCAAUGACAGACAAUAUCUGUCUCGUGGAGCAGCUAAUUCGCUGGGUGUCUGUCAGACAGUGCUCAGAGAGUGACGACGCCCUUCACUUCUGCUGCAAAGACAUCCCUUUCCCCUACCCUCCCAGCAUUUUUGAGAACUGCCUCAGUAUGAUGCUGGCAGAGAGGUAUGCCGAGGGCCAUCUGGCCCACAGCGGAGGCCUGUACUUCAAGCCAGAUGGCCGGGUCGCUGCCCUCGUGUUGGCAUUCACGACCACAUACCUCUACAGCUUCAACUAUAGCAGAACCAGUGUUUUCUACAGAGAAAUCCUGACAUGGUUUAACAGAGAAAUAUCAGGAGCGCCACAGGGGCUGGAGAACGUCUGGUUCAUCAGUCAGCUGUCUCUUUAUGAUCUACAACAGUCUUUGAGCUCAGAGACUCUGGUAGUCGCUGGCUUCUCUGUAGCGCUUACUUUUGUUUUGCUUUUUCUAACCACCUGGAAUAUCCCACUGAGCAUUUACGGGACUGUAGCAGUAGGAGGCAGUGUGUUCGUAACAGUCGGCCUCCUGGUUCUCCUUGAAUGGCAGCUGAGCGGCAUCGAGGCUCUGUUUAUAUCAUCGGCAGCAGGACUGUCUGUGGACUUUAUAGCCGACUACUGCAUAUCAUAUAGCAUGGCUCCUCAUUCGGACAAAAUUGGGAAAGUGGCACACUCCACCAAACGAAUGGGACGACCUGUAGCAAUAGUGUCUGGUGCAUUUUUCUCCAUGGGGAUCAUCAUGUUGCCUGCCACGGCCUUGCUGAUCAGAAAACUGGGGAUUUUCCUGUUUUUGGUGAAAUGUGUCGCUUGUGGAUUUGCAACCUUCUUUUUGCAGUCCCUGUGCUGCUUUUUCGGACCUAAAACAAACUGUGGGAAGAUCUCUCUGCCGUGUUUUUCAGAUCAGACUGAUGGGCUGUCGUCAGCAACAGAACCUGGUUCCUCCUCUGCAGCAAACGGAGCUUUUGGCAGAUCUAGAGUGAGGAGGAGUUAUGAUAAAGAAGCAGGUGGCUAUCUCUACCCCAACCAGCAGCGUCAGCACAGACAGAAUCAGACCGGAGGAAGAGGGGGCCGAGGUCCGGAGCAAUACGAGCUGCAGCCACUGGCUUAUCGGCUGAGCGACAGCUUUGACAACAGCACCUGCACCAGUAAACUGUCCAACCGACCCUCAGUGCUUUCUGAUGAGAUUGAGUAUUGUGACAGAGAUAUAAGAAAUAGCAUGGAUGGCGAGGGUGAUGAGACAGGCAGCCGUCAACCACCUCCAGCCUUCCAGACUUCAUCACCUUACAAAGAAAACACCCUGCGGCCUGGAGGGCUGCCACAAGAGGACCUCGCUAAGGACAAGGUGCUGUGUGAGACAUGCAGAGGUCAGUCUGGGGGGGUGACACACUGGGGCAAUACAUCCUUCUCCUCAUCUUCCAGCAUACAGGAGACUAUAAUCAGCCACACACUGGAGACCACUGACCAACCAUCUUUCUGCAAAGACGACCAAACCUCAGAGGAGUGUCUCCACUACCCCUCCCAAACAAGGCACCUCUCCUCUCAGUCCCAGAGCUCCUGUGAGGGUCUGGAGGAUUCCUGUGAAACGUGCCUCAGUGACAUCGAGCCCGGGCCUUCGAACAUGCAGCAACAAGAAGGAGACGCUCAGUUACAACCAGGGUACCUGAACGGAAAGAGGGAUACGUUACGGCUCUCACUGAAGGAAACAGUUUAUGAAACGGGUAAAAAGGGCCGGAGCAGUCAGAGUGAAGACGUGGUUGUAUUACCCAACAGUAAGCCAGACUUACCAGAUGUGUGGAUAAAGAGAGGUGGAAAACGGGAGGAUACAUGUUGA